AACACCCCCAACACCCGCAGGCAGACAGGCAACAAUGGGGUUCGCGUCACCCCUCCCUCCGCGCACAGGGAGGGAGGACGGAGGGGGUGCAGCCCCUGGGCUGCGGCUUAUUGUAAGGAAGGGCUCCUGGAACGCCGAGGCUAAACAGCUGUCAGCGCCCGCCCUUCCCCAUGGCAACACCUGAUCCUUCUUCCAAGGGGGAGGGUUAGGAAUAAGAGACUUCCCCGCCCCCUUGCCAAAGUGGCGAAGGGAGGGACAUUCGAUCCUUACCUUGCCCCAGGGAGGAAGGGGGACCUGGAAGGGCUGCGCCUUUAGUUGUAUAUUUAAUGCAUUGUUUAGCAAUGUUGGAGUGGUCCACCCCCCCAUCCCUCUGCCCUUUUCCCUUAUUCACUGUUGAUUCAAAGGUGUUAUAGUUUGUGAAAUGUAAGAUCAGAAUGCCCCACAGCUCCCCACCCAUCCGGGAAGCAGGCUGUAUUGCCAGCCCAUCUUGCAUCUUCACUUCUUCCUCACCUAAAUAUAAAGAAAAAAACAGAGGAUAGAAUUGGGGAGGGGGGGAAUAACGUUUUAAAAUAAAUAGAAGUAGCAAAAACAGGUGCUGUAUGUUGUCGUUUCUGUCCUCUAAGGAUACUGCUUCACCUACCACAAGCCAGGGCAAGGAUGUCGCCACCACCAACACCCCUGAUACCGAGGCAAGGGAAGCAGAAUUGCAGCAGUUCCGCCGCAGGCCCCAGCAGUGUGGAAAGCGGAGGCUCAUGGACCAGAGGAUGGGAAAGCCUGUGGCCUGUGUGGAAGAAACAGGGCCAUCCCAUGAGAGGCAUCUACGACUGAAGGGUGCCUGCAGGAAGAAGGGACCUGCAGAGGAUGGGCAGGAGGUGCUGGAGAAGCUAGACACCCAACCCUCCCGCUCAGAUGACAUUGUGCAGCUGAUAGAUGAAGAUGGGGUGUAUUCCUCAGCCAAGCUGGUGCCUAUUACAGAGAUGGCCCUCUCACCCUACCUGACCCAGCAUUUGGAGCGUCACAGUGGGGAGGGGGAGGAGUUUGAGAUCCAGGAGGUGAUUGUGGACGAGAAGCCAUUCCAGUGUGUCAUCUGCGCCAAGGCUUUCAAGCGGGCGUGGGAGUUGUUCAGCCACGAAGUGGUUCACAAUGAGGAGCGCCCAUUCUGCUGCCAACUGUGCCAGGUGAUCUCUGGUGGUUGCUCAGUGUGCAUGUGUGUGCGUGUGUGUGUUGCUUUCUGUCCUGCUUCCCCUCUCCCACUUCAGGCCUCGUUUAAGCGCCAUUCUGACUACAAGAGCCACGCCCUUGUGCACACGGAAGAGCGACCUCAUCGCUGUGAGCUUUGCGGAAAGUGUUUCAAGCGGGCGUCCAAUCUAGCAGAGCACCGACGCAUCCACUCGGGGGAGCGUCCGCACCGCUGUGCCGCCUGCACCAAGCGCUUCAAGACACCUUACGAACUGCAGAGGCACAUGCUCACGCACUGUUUGGAGCGGCCCUUCACCUGCACGGCCUGUGGGAAGGGCUUUGCAGCAGCAGGGGCCCUUCUUCUGCACCAGCGGCAGCACUGCGAUGAUAAGCCCCACAUCUGCGGCAUUUGUGGCAAGCGGUUCGCCUACGGACACAGCCUACGCGUCCAUGAGCGGGUGCACACAGGUGACCGCCCAUUUUCCUGUGUCCUCUGCAGCAAGGCAUUCAAGCAGUCCAAUGCUUUGGCCUCGCAUGAGCGUGUGCACACAGGGGAGCGGCCCUUUGCCUGUGCAACAUGCGGCAAAGCCUUCAAACAGUCAUCGUAUCUUGCUAUCCAUGCACGCUCACAUACUGGUGAGCGCCCCUAUGCCUGUGGUGCGUGUGGCAAGGCCUUUGCACGGCCCUCGCUCCUCCUGCAGCACCAGCGUGUCCACAGCACUGAGCGGCCCCAUAGGUGCCAGCACUGUGGCAAACUGUUCAAAGACUUGGCCUACCUGGCUGUGCAUGAGAAGGUACACACAGGUGAGACCCCUUACAAGUGCUCCAUCUGUCAGAAGGGCUUUGCACACCCGUCCAACCUACUGCAGCACCAGCGAAUCCACCGGGAUGGAUAGGAAGGAUGGGCAGGAAUAAUAAUUUGCCAUCUGAUUUACUUUAUAUAUCCCAACUAAAAGAAGAGCAAUCAUGGAGUCUGCACAUGUGCUCCAACCUGCAUCAGCACCAGGCAUGCGCACUGCGAUGGAUGGAGAGUUCCAUCUGCAUGCCCUUUGCACAGUCCCCAAACCAUGCUCCAGCUCGCCUGGGUAUGCAUUGUACACAAAUGCAGUAUGAUUCAUUCACCCCUCUCUUUAGCUCCUACACCUGCCCUAUAAUAAAUAGUACUUGGAGCAUGAGCAUCAGGGUUCUGUGUACAGUAUUUCACACAGAACUGAGCAUUCUGAGAAGCUCUGCUGUUUUUGUUUUUCCUCUUGCAAGCACAUUUCUAGCCCUUAUGACUACAGAGAUUGUAAGCCAUGCUUCGUAGAAUUUUGCAAAAACAAGACAAAUUGUGUAAAAUAAGCAAGUAUACACACAUAGGCUUGAUUUGCAUAAUGUACUCCAUUUACUAUUAUUUUAAAGCCAUGAUUAUGAGUAUUGUGGUCUUAUACCCUAAUUAUCAGUACAACAGGCACUUAUAGAUCCUUUGAAAAAAGUGAUUUGAGGGUUCUUUUUAUGAAAAUGUGGGUGCAAACAGAUAUCUCACAUUGUUUGCAUGUGGGUAUGUAUGUAUGUAUGCAUGCAGGGCCAUACAUAUAUGUAUGCCGGGCUUACUCUUGGGCAGAAUAGAGCAGCUGCCUCAGGUGGCAGAUGCUGGGAGUGCAGAACAAUGGCAAGGUGUUGGAGGACAGGGCUGGGAGUGCCAUGCUGCUUGCCCUGUGCCACCUAAGCAGCCUGUUACCCUCAGGUGCAGUAGAUGUUGACCCUGUCACCAUUGUUGAAAUAAGAUUCAGUUGCCAGUCCUGCCUGUAUGUGGAAUGGUAAGGAGGAGCACCACCUUGUCCUUCACUUCAAGCAGCAAUAUAUCUUGGGCUGGUCCUACAUAUGGUAUGCAAAUAUACAGUCUCUCACAGACACAAGCAGUUCAUGGAAAAAGCAGGUCCUAACCUCCGUUCUCUAUUACAGCUUGGGAGAAUGCAAAGCUGAUCACACAAUGAGCCUCCUUUCCUCUAUCACUGUCGUUGAGUAAGAGAGGGUGUUUGCAGUAUUAAAGAAAUAAAAGUGCCAUCUAUUUGUUUAAGGUCAAUUACAAAUAAAUCCUCUUUUUAUUUUGUG